AUGCACUUGUUCAAGUACUUGCACAGCAAGCUAGGGAAGAUGCCUCCAAGAGCAGCUCCAAAAGCCUACCAAAUCCUGGCCAAAACCCACCAAGUCACGAUAUUCCUAACAGUUCCCCAAUCCGCAACGAUCGCGUUGCUUAAGGAUGAGGCACUUUCUGCGCUCACAUCUCGCGUUGCAACUGAGGAUGACAGCUUCCCUCACGUCCAAAGCACAAGCGACUUUGAGCUGGCGCGCGCAAUAAAAGGGAAGGAAAAGGGCAGGUCAGGGGUGAUUUAUGAGGCCCUCGAGGCAGACAAGGCUAUCAGAGGCCUCCUAACAAACUGGGAGGUACUAUAUUUUCAAUUUAGAGACGAAGACGGCAAUUUGACGCCAGUUGAAGUCUCGCAGCCUUCUCUCCUUGAUGAUGAGGAGGAAGAGCCUCCCGUGAAUAAAGGCAAACGCAAGGCGCUACCCGAAUAG